AUGUCCAAUGUAAAUGAACAGCUCUCUGCCAUCGCCAGUUCUGCCCAGCAGAAAGAGCGUCCGGCGCAUUACCGCUCGCUCUUGGAGUCAAUUCUGUCUCCGUCCAACCGAUUUCUCGACGAGCAAACCAUAAGGGCGCUUCAAGAGAUCAUUUCGCACGCGAUUGAUGAAAGUGUUGGCUUGGUGGCCUCUCGACAGCUUUUACAGGAUUUUAUCACUCUCUUUGGGGGGUGGGGCCAGGGGAAAGAUGGUGAGGUGGUCAAGCAAGUAUGGGGCUUUGCUUUAGAUACGAUGCAGAGCCGGGCUGUCGCGUUUGAGGAGCAGAUAUCGAGUGUCCGCGAAAAGCUCGCUGCAAUUUAUGAAGAAGAGGAAAACUGGUCAGAAGCGGCAAAGAUGCUCCAGGGCAUCCCACUGGAUUCGGGCCACCGAAACGUAUCCCAAGACUACAAGCUACGGAUAUACAUUCACAUUGUUCGUCUACUUCUGGAGGAAGAGGAUGCGGUUUCAGCAGAGACCUAUAUGAAUCGGGCAGCUUUAUUGAUUGUCAACAGUGCUGAUUCAGAGAUGCAAAUCCACUUCAAGUCAUCCCAAGCGCGGAUUCUAGACUACAAGCGAAACUUUUUGCAAGCGGCGUCCAAAUAUCAUGAGCUGUCUUAUAUGAGUGAAAUCCACGACUCGGUUCGAAUAACGCUGCUAAUACAGGCAGUUACGUGUACAGUCUUGGCCGGUGCGGGACCACAGCGAAGUCGAAUGCUUGCUACCUUGUACAAAGAUGAGCGUGUACGUGAACGACCGGAACUCAAAGAAGGUGGAGUGUAUGGGAUUCUGGAGAAGAUGUACCUGGGUCGGGUCCUCCGAAAAUCUGAGGUCGAAGAGUUUGCGGGUACACUUGCACCACAUCAGCUAGCGAAACUCGGUGACGGAACAACUGUGCUAGACCGUGCGGUUAUUGAGCAUAACCUUCUGUCUGCGAGUAAGCUAUACAACAAUAUCACAUUUCAAGAACUGGGAAGUCUACUGGCGAUUUCCGCAGAGCAAGCGGAACAGACAGCAAGCAAGAUGAUUGUCGAAGGAAAUUUGAGUGGAACGAUAGAUCAGAUUGACCGGUUGAUUCAUUUCAAGAAAGCACACGUCUUGCCCUCUUGGGAUGCCCAAGUGUCGGGCCUCUGUCAUCACCUUGAUGGAGUCGUCGAAAGCAUACAGACCAAGUACCCGGAUUGGGUUGCAGGAAGAUCAUAG